AUGAUAGCAGGAAAAAGCAUUUCAAGAAAAGUCUUAGAAACAGAAGAGAUAUUUGAUGAACUUCAAAAGAACAUUAGAAAUAUUAGUGAUUUAUCUAAUCUAUCAAAAACUUGUAGAUAUUUUAUUAGAUAUUUUGAGAAUAAAUCAAUCAAAAAGUUUGUUGAUUAUGAUUAUGAUUGUAAGAUAGAAAUUAAUAUUGACUCUUUCAAAACAGUAGAAGAAAACUAUUUAUAUUCAGAACCUGAACAUCCAAUAAUAAAUUCUCCACCAAUUAUUUCAAAAAAGGAUAAAUAUAAUGAUAUUGAUACUUUAGUUUAUGGAAAACAAUUAUCAUUAGUUGUUGCUUUACCUGGAUUAAAAUUUGAUGUUACGAAACAUGAUUAUAAGCAAAUAAUUAAUAAUACUUUUCUUGAUGAAAUUAUUUGUGAAAUUAAAAAUGCAGAAGUAAAUAUUAGUAGUCCAGUAAUAUUAAACUUAAAUCAUUCUCAUGGUUUUGUUAAUCAUAUUAUUUCACCAUAUAUUGUUAGUAGAUAUGGAAAUCCAUCAAUAGAAAUUAUCAAAAUGAAUUUAUUUUGUUUUCUUCAAGAACUUGAUCAAGAAGAAAUUUUUAAAGAAGUUGACAUUUUUAGAGGAUAUAAAAAUUUUCAUGAACUUCGUAUUUAUGAAAAUGCUGCUUUACCACAAAAAAAUCGUACUUUUGAUGAGGAUUCACUAUUUAUGCAUGUUUUAAGAUGUUUAUCAAAAAGAAAAAAUGCAAUUUUAAGAAUAGAAGUUCCACAAAAUGGUAAUAUUAAAUUAUGUUUUUUAACUCAAACAUUUAAAUCUGCCAUCGAAUUAAAUAUAGAGAUAAAGUUUUUAAUUUCUAUUGGUUGUAAAAAAAGAGGUUUCGUAAAUUGGCGUGAAAAGAUAAAAAUAUUAGAAAAUGAUAUUUCAAAGUAUAUUACACAUAUAAAAUGUUAUAUUGAAAAUCAAACUGAUUUGUUACAAUUUAUGAAAUUACUACCAGAUUUAGAAAAUUUAUCAAGCCUCAAAAUAAUAUUUGAUGAAUUUGAUGUUCGUGAUAUUCUUAAAAAUGAUAGUAUAAUUGAGUGUAAUGUUAUAUCAUUAAGAAGACUUAUAAAAUUGAAAAAAUUUAGUAUAAAAAUGGAACAUAAAUGUUUAGAAAUUCCUGAAUAUACAUAUCGUGAAAUUUGUAAUUUUCACAAUUAUAUAAUAAGAUAUUUCAUCUCAAUUCUUCCAAGUACAAUAAUAUUUUUAGAACUAGAAAAUGUACUAUAUUUAACUCCACAAAUUUGUGUUUUAAUGGAAAAAUUUUUGCCGAAUAUUGAAUUUUUGUUUGCAAAACAUGUUGACUUUACUAAUAAAAAAUGUUUGGUAACAUUUAAAAAUUUAAAAUAUUUACAAUUAUACAAUUGUCCAUUAAUUGAACUUCCAAGAAAUAUUGAAUUUUUAAUUCAUAAAUAUUCUUUAUCAUGUAAAGCUCCAUAUUAUUUUGGUGAGGAUUAUGAUGUUAUGGAAGAAAGUAAACGACAAAAGAAGAAAUAUAUUUUGUCUUUUAAUAAAGAGAUUCUUGAUAUUACAAGAAAUUUUAGCUAUUACUUUAACAAACUUCAUAAAUGGGAAUUUUAUAAAAGUCUUGUUGAAAGAUUUGUCGUAGAUAAAGUAAAAAGUAAUUAA